AUAUAAGUACAGCUAUUCACAUUACAGUCAGUCUCAGCACCCUGCACAGCGCCUCGCAUCACUACACCACGGAUGGUGAUACCAGGAUAUUACAGAUUCUUGGAAACUUGCAGUUUGCAGUUGAAGUCUUAUCAGCACCACGGAUAAUAACACAGCAGCAAGAACUCCUAUUUUCAGCACUGUGGUCAGCAGCAAAACGGAGUGCUUCUGGUUUCAGCACCGCGGGCAGCAACAGCGCGGGGGCGCCCCUGCUUUCAGCAUCGUGGACAGCGACACAACAGGCGCGCUUCAGCAUUCAGCACGGCGGAUAGCGACACGACAGGCGCGCUUCUGUUUUCAGCACCGUGGAUAGCGACACAACAGGCGCGCUUCUAAUUUAAGCAACGAGGACGUUCACGGAGAGGUGAAGGUUCCACCGUUCAGCACCUUUGGACAACAACAUCGCGGCGAGCGCUCCUGCUUCCGGCUUUGUAGAUAACACAAUAGAAUUGAAGUGGUAAUUCGAUAAACAUAAUGCACAAUAACGGCGAAGGUUUGCCCUCUCCUCGGGAGAGCUGUACAAAUGGCUGCGGCCAGCAAGUCGUCUCUGCGGCCCCGCAAAGGAAGGAGAGUGGCGCGGAAUACAAUACCGAAGAGGAUCCCAAGCAAAUGGAGCCACUAGUGGUGAAGAAGGCCAACCGGGAAAUACUGGACCACGAACGGAAAAGACGGGUCGAACUCAAAUGCAUGGAGCUUCAGGAGAUGAUGGAAGAACAAGGGUAUACCCAGGAAGAAAUUCGCCAGAAAGUUGGGACCUUCCGACAAAUGCUGAUGGAGAAGGAAGGGGUAUUAACUAAGGAGAAUCCGCAGGAACGCCAUGUUAUGAAAAGGAAAUCGAGCAGUUCCCCCUCACCGCCACCCAAGAAGAAGAAGAAGAAGAAAUCGGGGCACUACAAAAUCCGAUGUGAAAGUUCUUCAUCGUCACGGAAAGAGAGAAAAAAGAAGAGUGGGAAGAAACACAAGAGAGACAGGUCUGAUUCAGGUUCCAGAAAAAAGAGGAGGCAUAGGUCCACAAGCCCUAAAAGCAAACGCAAAGACAGAAGCAAACAAAGAAGGCGUAGGUCACCCAGUGAGUCACCGCCUCGGAAACCACACAAAUCACAAAGCUGUUGCAGCUCCCGCAGUGUCUCUGCAUCUUCCGUACGUAGCUCCUCCAAAUCUCUAAGCAGUUCCCACAGCCCAUCUUCAGAGCCCAGAACAUCACAUUCCAAAACCAAGCGCAGUGCUAUGCCCAGACAGCCCAAGAGUGACACAAAUGAACGGAAACCAUGUUGCACUCGAUCCAGUCCCAGUCAGUCUCCUCUGCAAGGCCGACGCAACAGAUCAGUGACUCCCAGGGAGAACGGACACAAGGGUCCUUCGUGGAGUGACAGACACAGCCCAAGACACAGACAUCCACCAAACAGAUCACAAGAUAGCACGGACUCCAGGUCAUUGUCCCCAGGAGCAGAGCCCAGGUCUGCAUCCAAGUCUCCAAAGGCGAAGGAAGGCAAGCACUCGAAGCAUAACUCGAGGAGUUUCAGGUCCAAAUCCCCAGGCCACAGCAGGAGAUCCUCCACUGAGGGCAGGCACGCAAAGCCCAGGUCAAGGUCAGCAUCCGCACAUAGAGGCUCAAGCCGACGGAAGUCGACCGUACCAGCUCACAAAGUAUCUUCUCGCUCCCCAAGCCAAUCAGACUUCAGCAGUGACUCUGCAGAAUCUGUCGGCAGUCGAUCACGAUUGCGCCACACGUCAGGCCGGAGUAAAAGCGCACGAGCAAAGAAGUUAAGGCAGGCAUCAAAUCGCCACCAUCGAAGGCGCUACACGAGCAGGAACAAGAGCCGCACCCGCUCCCCAGGGAAGCAUGAACAACCCAGCAGCCACAACUCAGACAAGAAGAAAAGCUCUUCCUACAGUCCCCGACGCAACAGGAGCUCCUGCAGCUCCAGCAGAUCCCUGUCUCGCUCGUGCUCACGGUCCCACGAGAAGAGAGACGGACGGAGCAAAUCACGGUCAUCACCUCGCAAGGAGCAGUCCAGAGAAAGAGAUAGUGACAUUGGACCUCGGCACCAUGACUCUGAAGCAGAGAGACAUCGUCGUCAAUCAAGAAGCUAUUCCCCCAUUAGAAAACGGAGACGGGAUUCACCUAGUUUCAUGGAGCCCCGUCGGAUUACAAGUGCGCGUAAGCGGCCUAUCCCAUACUACAGGCCCAGCCCAUCGUCACCCAGCUCCCUCAGCAGUUACUCUUCCUACAGCAGGAGUCGAAGCCGCAGCUACAACAGUUACAGCUCAUACAGCCGGAGCCGGACUAGGAGCAGAAGCCGGAGCCGGACUCGCAGCCGGACAGCCAGCUAUGAUAGUCGUACCAGCUCCGAAAGUACAGGCUUUUAGGAGUGGAUUUAAACAAACCGCGCACAAAUAAAACUGAGAGUUACAACAGUAAGUAUCAGCUACUGACUCGUUUUCAAAAUAGGGGAUGAGAAGCUGCAAGCAUCAGUAAACCCAGUAGAUCAGUGCAACCAGAUUUAUAUUAUAACAAGUAUAUAUUUAUAUCAAGAUAGCCUUGAUGAGUUCUUGGUCCCAGGCUUACAGAGCAUUCAGCACUGAUGAAAGGAAGUACAUAACAGUUUUGCAGUCUUCAAUCUAUUUCCAUUGUGUGUUUCUCUGGUCAACAUCUUCCAGGAGUUUCAAACUAUUUGCCUGGUGCUGGGAUUUAAGUGAAUUUGUUUUUUUGUAAAAAAAAAACUUAACUUAUAAACCUCUGCAAGUGAAUUCUUCCAUGAAGUUAUCUGAACCAAAAGUCAGCAACUUCCUCCAAAUGAUAAACAUGCAGCUAUUUAAAAACACUUCUUUUCUGGUGGACUGGAAUUUUCACUGAACAAAUCUUCAUGAGUUUCUGCGCUGAUAUUUUUUGAAGAGCCUCUGGAUGAAACACAGCAGACAAACAAGUGGACAAGUUAGCAUGGAAGCUCUCUACUUGGUCUCAUUCAUUCAACGCCAGCUACAACGGUAGUCCGUUCUCAAGUUCCUCCUGCUGAGCUUGUGACGAUGGGAGGGAAACUGGGAUUAAGUCACUGGUUGCAAAAAUGGAAAACUAUGCACUGUAAAUAUCGUCCAAUUAGCAAAUGGGGGUUGGGUAGGGGGGGACGGCAAGAGUGCGGCUCAGAGAUAAGCAACUGGGAAUUGUAUAACACAGAUGGUACUGAAGCAACAAUUUAUGUGGAAUUAUGUUCCUUCUAGUUACUUACAGCUGGUUGCUAGUUGAGGCCUGUUUAAGCAACGUUGUUGAGAAUGCCUCAAAAAUAUACGUUUAAAUGUUGUGCAGCAUAAGCAAUUGUCUUUCUUUUAAUUACUUUCCUAUUCUUUCAUUACUUGGCUUAUUUAAGGCAAAACCUUAAUGUUAUCUCAUUAGUCACCAUGCAUAUUUCAUUGAACUCAUUAUUUUAGGUUACGCCUUCACUCACUAAAUGGCCAUUCUCCAGUGACUAGAGUUCUACCACUCUUGUCUCCUUGUAGUAUAUUAAAACUACUUGAAUCGUUAGUUUGCAGAAAGUGAAAAAGCAAUUGAUGAAAGGUUCGAGCACUGGUGUAACCAGCAGUUGAUUGAAGAAUAACAUGGUGUCUCAAACAAACUAUUUAGAGAAAGGGAGGAUUAGAGAGAAAUGGACAGAUCCAGUGGCUAACAGGCAAACUCUGUAUUUGCCUAAGUCCAUAUAUAAGAGGCAUCAGUUUCCAGACCAACAUUAAACAUUUGAAUACACUGAAAUUCAUUAUUCAGUAGCUCAAACUGUAAGCUUGAGCCAGGAGUUUGGAAAACUCAUCCAUAGUUCUAGAGUUGGCAGAUUUGAGUCGCAGUUUUGAUAGGGCCCCGUAUUGUGCUGUACUGUUCUAUGAUAAUCACAACUUUUCACAGUGUGCUAUAUUAAGGGUUAAUCCAGAGCAGCUUCCUCUCCCCUGACCACUUGACUUGUAGGAGAUUGAUGGUAUCAAACACCAACAUUUAUUUACAUUCUCAGGGGGAAGGUGACCAAUUCACGUAUGUCCUGUGGAUGUGCAGUUUUAAGCAGGGUCUGGUCAGUUGCAUCUGUAACUUUCAGUGAAUCCCUGUGACUUGCAAGCCCUGCUAUUUAUAACGUAUCUAGUAUAAAGAACUGAAAGAAGGAAUUGAGGAAAGCUGCAGUCCAGGAAGUAAAAUAAUAUAGAAGGAAAGAUAGGUUGUCACAAGAGAUUGGAUGUCAGUCCCAAUGCAUAAUGUUUUAAACCUUGAAAGGCAGGGGCAGAAGAUGCUGAAAAACUUGAAAGGUUGGUGCAGAUCGAUAUUAAUUGGGUUUUUACAGUGAAUGGCACACAAAUUUAUCUAUUAUUUUGCAGUCUAGCAGAAUAUUUUAAGCUUAUUUGAUCCUCUUUUCAUUAGUAACUGUUUCUUUCACCUUUCCUCCUAUACUCCCAACACCCCACCACACCAUGGUGUCUGGUUUCCAUUCAUUCUACGUUUUAACUAUUUUCUUCUCUUCCUUCACCACCAGAUUAGGUAUCUGAACAUAAACAAUAGACUCCAGAUUAGGCAGAUCUAAGUGAAGAAAAAAUAAAUUGCCUCAAUUUGAACUGUGGGAUAUCUAGAACAUUUUUAUCAAAUGUUAGCAAAGUGCCAGAAAAACCCUUCCAAGUUUGUAUGCCCAUUUGUUUGUGCAGUGAGACUUCCAAAGUCGACUGCAGAAAGAACAUUUCAAGUACAGAGUAGGCAAUGAGAAGAAAUGCAAAAACAUUUGAUUAUUUUUGGGUCUUUUUCUCAGCAUGUUUCAGCACCAUGUUGCCAUAUUCCUCAAUUGCUUGUAAAUGGCGGUUAAGCCAAAAGUCAGCGAAAGGCCAAAAUGAUUCAAAUAUUAAAAAAGGGUACUUAUGCAGGCAGAUUAUUCAGAUGUAACUGCUGGGUUUAGUUUAAUAUAUGGUAAACUAAUAAUCCUGGACUACCCUGCAAAGCUUCAUAUGCUGCAAGCUCUAUUGUGACCAGUUACAGAUGAGAUUAGGGUUAUCAAUUUCGAACAAAUAAGUUCUGUUGAAUGCUUUUUUCUUUGUAGCUGAUUAUAGCACAUAAAUAUUGUGAUCAUCAAGUUCCAGAAGCUGCCUUUUUCUAGGACUUUGUGCUCUAUUCUCACAGUAGCUCGAUGGAAGGGAGGGAUGUUUCAGGUGUCCCUCACAGUCCUGUACAAUCUCCUUGAGGGGCUCUAGGUUGUCCACAAUAGAUGAAUGGAACCAUAGUGAGAGCUGAGUGGCAGCAACUGCCCAGGUAUGGUUACUACAGCUUUCCUUUUAAAAUAGCAUCCUCAUGUAAAGGUCACAAAAUUCACUCUACAACCUCUGCUGAAUUGGUUCUAUGCCAAUUCAAAAAUGAAAAGUAAAAAAUCACAGUAAGACAUGCAGAUCUGUGAUAAUUCCAUGUUUUUAGCCUAUAAAUGCAACUGUCCCAAUACUUAAUAAUCUAAUUCAGGUCCAUGACACCCUAGACCUUGAGAUUUUGGGAAUAUUAUUCCCUUUAGUAAUUCUAUCCUGUCAAUUCCUGGAUUUGUUUUGAGUAUUCUCUCUGGAGAUCUGCGUGACAUUGGCAAGGCUAGUGUUUAUUGGCACCAUGGAGAUGUGGCUUCUGCCAAGUUUGGUGUUAGUGAAUUCUGGGAUUCAUCAUGGAUAACAGGAUCCAACGUGGAAGAGAAAAUGAUCACACUUAUAUGAUUAUACAAUAAAACUCUGAUAAUCUGUGCUCUGAGAUUCUCUGCUCCCCUUCCCACACCAAUACCCCAGUUACUGCACUGCCUGGAAACUCACCUGGUUCUGUUUCCCACACUCCCUUGAAACUUACUGUGUUCACUAUAAAAUUUAUUAUGGAAUAGCUUACAAUAUUCUGAAAAUUCUACAAGUGUGGCGAGUGUGUUGGAUUUGGGAAGUUUAUGUGAAUGUGUAGUGAAAGAUAGGAGAAAACUGACCCAUCCAGACAGCAUGCAACCUAUUGUCUGAUUUUCUUAGGAUAACCAAGCGCCAAACAGAACAAAAACUUCAAGCAUAAUUAGGGGGUAAAGAGUCCUUGUGAUGUUACCUUAGCAAGCAGUGGUUAGGAUGAUGCCAUGAAUGAUUCCAUCACUACCAGCGAUAUAAUUUAACAGAAUUAGUUCCACUGUAAUCCAAGCAUUUCAAAACACAAUGGUUCUACCAACAGUCAUACUUAUAAGCUGGAUGUUCAACAGUGGAAAACAUUUCAUCGGGAGAGGGGCUUAUUGUGAUGUAGUUUUUACACAGCAUGUUAUAUUAUAACCUAUUAUUGAGGUCGCCUGUGAACCCAGGCUCCUUUCCCCCAAAAAAAGCAUAUUUCAACUAUCGGUGUUGAAGGGUAUAUUUAUAAAAGGAACUUGGCAACCUCACAGUUUAUUGCACAAGUCUCAUAGGAUCUACUGCUAUCCCAAUAAGAAACAUUUGAUGUUAGAGUUCUGGGAUUUGUCCUUUUGUCUUUUAUUUAUUUGGUAACAAUUAACUUAUUUGUAAAUAUGUACCUCAGUAGUUAAAAUGCAUUUAAUGAAACACCAAUAUUAUAUGAAAAUGUUUUUUUGAAGGUGGCAUGUAAUAAGCCCCCUUCAGUCUUGUACAAUUUGGGUUUAUUUGUGUUAUAUUGAAUUGUAUUGUUGAAAUGUAGAAGUUCCAAAAUGCUGCUUUUUUUUCCUGUACAGUAUUAAAUGUGUUUCUCUUAACUUGGUUAUCAUUGAAGAACCGUGUGUCACGGGUGAGCUAAGUUUUUGAAGGAUUUAACAGAUCCACCCUCCUACGUGUAAAGAUUAACAUUAACACCAAUACUUUGUGUAAAAUCAGUUCAGAACCAACUCAAUCCAAUAUAAAGGACAACAAUAGGUUCUAAAAUACACGAGGCCUGAAGUGAACCAGGUCAAAACAACCAUUGUGCCAGUCUCAUUCUCGUUGUAAGUACUAUUCAUGUGUUCCCAUUACUCUCAAUAUAUGUAUCACAAAUUGAUGGGACUUAACAAAUCAGUCACUUUUAUUAUCCAUUAAACAGAUGGUUUAGUAUAAAAUUACCCCAUCCAAAACAGUGCUUAAAUUAAUUCUAAUAAAUGUCCAUCUUUAAAGAAUCCAGGAAUCCAGAGAUUUUAAUUUUGAAAUUGUGGUGGAGCUUGGAGUUCUCCCUUGUUCCCUAUGAUAUGUCAACCACACAGGCUUGAUACCAUAGUGGUUACGUUACUGGACUAGUUUAUCCAGAAACAUGAUUCUGAAACUCACGAUGGUAGCUGGGGAAUUUAAAUUCAAUUGAUUAAAUAAGACUGAGAAUUUUAAAAAUAGCUAGCCCCAGUAAUGAAAACCAUGAAGUCAUGAUUGUCAUAAAAUCUAAUACCCUUUAAAGAAAGAAAUCUACCUGCCUUGCCUGAUCAGGCCUUCCUGCAACUCCUGACCCACAAUGUGGUCCUCAGGGGCAAUUAGAGAUGAGCAUUAACACCAGUGAUACCUACAUCCAAUAAAUGAAUAAGAAAUUCCUGGAAAGCAUUAAUGAACACAGGGCUAUUUACUCCAUGCAUCAUGAAGUGGCACUAAACUAUAUAAUUGUUAAAAUUGAUCAGGAGUCAUCAUUGUAAGAAGUAUUUGAUUUUCUUCAGAGUUCAAAAGUUCUCUGAUAGCAGUUGGUUGAAGGGAUCUCAUGGACCAUUGGGACCUCUCCAAAUUUGGACUUGAUUUAUAAAAAUCGCUGUGACUGCAGUGACACAGGAUUGAUCCCCAGGUCAAUUCCAUUAUGCAGAGUAAUGAAUACUGAGACAGAACGGCAGUAGCCACCUUAGAUGCAUGACGUCUGACUUCAUGGGGCUGUGAGAGUCACAGUUGUUUCCUCACUUAGCAGGCCUUCUAUCUUAACAGCCACAUCGGAUGUACGUGUGUCGCUCAGGAGGAGAGUAGAAAAAAGUCUAUGAGUGCUCCUACGCACAACUACGGUGCCCAAACAACAUUUCACUGCCCCAGCCCUCCCCCUUCAGAGCCAUGCACGAGCACAAGUUUGCAGCUUCUCACAUACAUAUGACAGCAGCUGGAAGCUGCUCGGGUUAGCUGGAUGCAAAGAGUCCCAAAUGUGCUAGUUAGGGGCACAUUUCUUUUAAAAAAAUGAAAAUUAUUGGUGUGAAAUUAUAUGUUGAGUAUUUUUUUUAAAAGUACACCCUUGUAGAGUUUCAAUUGGUACCCAAGGGAAGAUUGUGACUUUGAGUGAUAGUGUCAGUCGAUAGUAGAUUGGCAUACCUCUGGUCCUGUUUCUGUUUCCUUUCAAGUUAUUGGUAAUAAAACUGGGGAGAGAGUUAAAGCAGGCUGCUGACUUGCAGAUAGCUUUUUCACACCAUUGCCCAAGGUCAGGAUCCUACAUCACAUUUACAUUGGACCAAUAAAUUGUAAAAGAAAGAUAUGUCAAUGCAAUAUGCAGUAAUUUUUUAUUUGCAGAGGAAAUCAAACACUAAUCAAUAUUAUCUGAAUAUAAAUGGUGAUUGAUCAUUCUUUAUCGGUGCAGCGGGACUGGAAUAUAAAACAACAACCCCACAACAACUUGUAUUUAUAUAGCACCUUUAACACGGCAAAACAUGCCAAAAUGCUUCAGGAGUGUUGUCAAACAAAAUUUGACACCAAGCUGUAUAAGGAAAGACUAGGUCGAAUGACCACAAGCUUUGUCAGAGCAGCAGAUUUUAAGGAACAUCUGAUAAGUGGAGAGGCAGAGAAGUUGCAAAAGGGUCUGAACAGUUACAGGCACAGUCACCAUUGAAGGAUCCAUUAAGUUCAUCCUGUAAUUUUAGAUGGUUUGUGGAGAUAAAUCUCAGAUUUAAACAAAAUUGAAGCAAUUGGUCUAAUUAGACUUUAAAUGUAUGUAGCAGUAGAAGGUAUGAUUGAUUGGCAGUGUUCAUACUAUCUACAAAAGUAACUUGUUUUAAUUCAAUCAAAAAUUCUAGCAUGAAUGAUUAAACAAUGAUGUUUCCCUCUAUCUUUUACUAUUAAUAAAUUUAUACCUUUUUGGAUUCUGCAUCACCUGUUGAAGUAUAUAGGGAAAAGAAGAAAAGCUGUUCAUGGUGCGGAGUUAUGUGGCUUUACUGGCUAGGAUUUGAGGCUGGCUAUCCAACUUGAUUUCUUUCUAUGUACCACAAAGUAGCUUAAUGCUGUUUACUCGAGAUUGUCAAUCGAUCUGUCCUAGUAACUGGAGUUAUAGGCCCUCCAACCACCUUGCUUGUUACCAACCACCCAAAAUAUUCCUAGAUAUGGUAUGUUUCAUUAUUUGGUAGUUGCUUAGCUCUAACAUUUUUUCAAAGUUGGAAAAAUCAAAAAGCAAUAAAGAAUAAGGGGUGAUCUGCCUCUUUAAAAAGACACAAAAUACCCUAUGCUGAUUAGCACCAGCAUGCAUCUUUGCCACCCAUUCAGUGCUGGUAAAGGUAUUACAAUGACUGCUGGUGUAUCAGGGAAUUUUAAGUCUUCCUUGAGCUUGAGCACUUCCAAAUUUUUUUCACCUCCUAAUACAUUAAACAAGAAAAGGAGGUUCAGCAAAUGAAAUUCUGCACCUGUUUGUAGAAUGCAUUUUGAGAUUGUGUAUGACUUAGUAAUUAGUGUAACUAGU